AGUAGAGCUGCUGCUCUAAGGGUUGUGUAUCCCAGUGAUUUGAAUGACAGCUCUUUUACAGGACACAGCAACACAACGCAACAGUUCACGUAAUGAUACCUGAAGGUCUUGUCUUAUGUGCAAUUGGCAUUCUCCAGAUGCUGCACAUGACUGAAGGAAACACUGGAGGAUGUUGGUGUCCAGCGGCCACCGUUUUAACUCGCUUUCCAUCACUUGUACCCAAUGACACUUGCUGCUUAAACUACUCAGGAUCCACAUUCAACCAGGUGCCCUGGUCUGCUUUCAUGUUAAAAGCACACCUGCAGAUAUUGGACUUAACUAACUGUAAUAUCAGUCACAUUAUGGAUGCUGGAGAUGCCUCCACUUCACUGAGAAAGCUGUAUCUCGGUCAAAACAAACUGGCAUCUGUUCCAGCUGACUUCCUUUCCAAAGCCUAUCAUUUGGAGGUGCUGGACCUGGGGAUGAACUAUCUGAAAGAUCUCCCGGGGCGAUUUCUGCAGAACUCUGAACAGUUGCAGGUGCUGAACCUCGGAUGGAACCAGCUGAGCUUUCUCCAGAGUUCAGUCCUCAAGCCUUCUCUACAGCAUCUGGACCUCUUUGAAAACCCCUGGGCUUGCACAUGCUCACUGUUGGAAAAGCUUCAAGGUGCUCAACAUGACAACUCCAGUAGCCUUCAAGGCCUUGUGGGAAAUCUGACCUGUGGCUCUCCUCAGAGCCUAGCCGGACAGACAGUAUGGUCUUUGCAGAGUAGCGAUGUGUGCAACUUGGCCAACCUGACCCCUCUCUUCAUCCUGCUUCCUCUGCUCCUCCUCCUCAGUCUAGUGCUCUGCUGGUGCUGUGGCAGGAAGAAGAAGAGGAAAGAGACAUCAUCGUUUAGCCCAGCUCGCAAAAGAUCCAACAACUCACAGUGCAUCGGAUGGUGGCCGCAUGCCAAACUGGCUGCUGGCGAGUCCGCUGUGUCCGCUGACAACAGAAAGGACGUCAUACUGAGGAACCAACUUAUGCUUCAGCCCUCAUCCAACCUGCUGGGCAGCACUCGGGAUAUCUACGAGGAGGUGGAGAUCAAACUGGGCUCGGUGGACUCGCUGGGACCUCCGCCGUCCACUUGCUCCACAGAAGGAACUCCAGGCAAGCAGGAUCUGGACACAGUGAGUGUGACCGAGGUGAUGAAAGACUCGGCGGAUCGGGAGAGAGCUUACAUGAUCCAGUCUACUGAAUACUACAGCUUGGUACCUGGGAUCGAGAUCGAAGACUCCGAUCACGGGGAGUAUGAGAGCGUGGACCUCUCGUGACAUCAUAAGAUGAUAUUCAUUGUGUGUUUGGUUGACAUGCUGUCAGGUGUAUUGGAGUUUUGUAUCUACACUGUUGGAUGACUGGUCAUGAUGUGUUGCAGAGUACAAUGAACAUUUGUACCGAAAAGGAAGUUACUGAACCAGUGUGAAACCAUUGCAUUUCCAUACAUGAAUAAAUUACUGCACUGCUGUGAUAAUAUGUCAAAAGGGCCUGUUUGCAGACUCCAUCAGUCUGAUGCUAAGAUAAGCUAUUAUAUAGCUGUUGCCUCAAUAUUUACAUUUGAUCUAGAUUUGUAUCUCUUUUCUCUCAUUAUUUGCAGUUUUAGAUGGUUUUAGAUGGAUUUUACAGUGUAGAUGUAUUUGGUGUCGUAUAUUUAACUUGUGUAUUAUAUUAUGAAGAAGAACGUUUUUAGCUGUAUUUGCAUUCGUAGAUCAAGAGAUUCUUUAUCAGAAGUUAUAAAUCCGACAUGGGUAUCGUAAGUGAACCAAAUGCUUUGCCAAAGUUUUGGUGCAUGAUGAGCUUAUAUUUAUCUCCCAUUAUGGAGGGUUAUUUAAUGUAUGGUCACUGGCCACAUGUUUGACUGCUAAAUUUCAGAAAUUGACAUUAGUUUGGUAUACAAUGUAAUCAGUUUUGACCUUGUUACUGUGUUAAUAAAAUACAAUAGAUUAUAGCGGCAUCUAGUGGUGAGGUUGCGAAUUGCAACCAACGGCUCAAAGCACUAUGGCAGCUCUCACAGGACAAAGAUGUCCUCACGUUUUCGCUUCUUUGCAGAAGGAGAUCAUGUAUUUACGAAAGGCACUCUGUAGAGCAGUUUGUCCGUUUAGGGCUACUGUAGAAACAACAUGAUGAAUUCCAUGUAAGGGUGUUGAUAGAAUAGAUCAUUCUAAGAUAAUA